UGUGUGACAGUGUUUCUUUCCAUUGUCUAAUCUAGGGGAAACUUGUUGGCAUUUGUGGCAGCGUGGGGAGUGGGAAAACGUCACUUAUUUCAGCCAUUUUAGGACAGAUGACUCUGCUGGAAGGCAGCAUUUCUGUUGAUGGAACAUUUGCCUACGUUGCACAACAAGCAUGGAUUCUCAAUGCAACACUUAGAGACAAUAUCCUAUUUGGAAAGGAGUUUGAGGAAGAAAGAUAUAAUACUGUCUUGAAUAACUGCUGUCUCAGACCUGAUCUGGCUAUCCUGCCAAAUGGGGACAUGACAGAGAUUGGUGAACGAGGUGCAAACCUGAGUGGGGGCCAACGCCAGAGGAUCAGCCUUGCUCGAGCCUUAUACAGCGACAAGGACAUUUACAUCCUUGAUGACCCCCUCAGUGCCUUGGAUGCCCAUGUUGGAAACCACAUCUUCAACAGUGCAAUACGAAAACAUCUGAAGUCGAAAACAGUUUUGUUUAUCACGCACCAGCUACAGUACCUUGUGGAUUGUGAUGAAGUGAUUGUCAUGAAAGAAGGCUGCAUCACCGAGAGGGGAAGCCACGAGAAUCUGAUGAAUUUGAAUGGUGACUAUGCAACCAUUUUCAACAAUCUGCAACUCGGGGAGACUCCACACAUCGAGGUGCUUAACUAUUCCUCCCUGUUUCUAUACAGUGAUUUUCCAUUGUGA